AUAUUGUUCUAAUAUGCGUACCACUUGUUGAUGUUUCUGUUUCGCAGGUUAAUAACCAGCACAGGUACUAAUAUUAAGAAACAUAGGAUUGGUAAACUUUCAAGAUGCGGCUUUUGUUACUUACUUGUGCAGUUCUGCUUAUGGAGGUUGCUGUCAACGGAGUGGAAGAAAGUUGCGGUAUAAGUGGUACCGGAGGCUAUGAAAACGGAAUGCAAUUCACCAGUCUCAAGGAUGAUGGCACUUCGUAUGCGUGUCGAUGUGGUGGUUUCGGCUGUCGAAAGAUGAGUUGCGAAAAAAUCUUAAAGCCAGCGACAACCACAACAGAGCCAACUAUUGUUACAAACGAAGAAGAUGAAGACAACGACGAUGCAAUAAUUGGAAUGGUUCCUGGACAGCCUGUUGUGAUCGAACCAGUCGUUGCGCAGCCUUCAAUUGCAAAUCCAAUUAUCCGACAUCCAGUUAACCCUAGGCCGGUCGUACAGCGACCAGUCAUUCUACUUCCACAACAGCCGAUUCAUCAAUACACAAAUAUUGGUGACAUAGAAGCGAGGUUGACCGAUCCCUGUUUCGACAGAGUAAGCCGCCGUACUUUUCAACGCGGAGAUGAGUUUUACAGAACGAAGAAAAAUCAUCCUAGAAAGAAAUGUGUCUGCCCUUCCCGCGGGCCAAAUCAAAUAACUUGCCGUCCUGCUAACUGUGAUAUGGCGUCUACCCCGUUGAUACCAGCUUCUUACACCGGAUCAAGCUUCGGCGGGUGCUAUGAUGCGUGGAACCAGAGAGAGUAUGCAAGUGGUGCUCAAUACACACGAACAAGGUUCAUGGAUCCUGCUUUAACUAUAAACGGAACGUACAGUUGCAGUUGUAGUGGUGGAAUGAUGCGAUGCUCAGCUAUCGACAUACCUUGCUGUGAUACGGAGACGGGACAAUGGGUAAAUAGGGAUGAGAAGUUUUUUGUAAUGUCGAAUUCGUUUUCUGCAAAGUGUGUUUGUCAAAGAGGACGACAACGCUAUAGUCAUUGCAUUUCAUUAGAAACACCAGGUUCGAUUAGAAUUACAGGUGGUCAGCAAGGCCGGUGCUACGACAGUAGAGGAAGUCGCCACGUUGACGUUGGUUCGAACUUCCAGCAGGACCGUGGAUAUCGUGGAAUUUGGUCGUGUACAUGCAACAGAAGUUUACGACUGAUCUGUCGCUAUGUGUCAAGCUCACGGCAAGGUUGAGGAUCACGGCAUAAUAUACUAAUCAGCUAAAAAAAUAACCCGACGCUUAGGCUUGCUUUAAUAUACUAACACAUUAUAUAAAAAACGUAGCGUCAGUGAAUACGAACCAUCAUGUUUAGUUUACAAGAAAGCUAUUUUCAUAAAAUUUUUAUUAGAGACGGUUGAACUUUGUUUUGAGUAUUGCAAAUGUGCCACCAGCAUGAGAUCGUGUCGCAGUUGUUGCUUAAGUGUGCUUCCGUGUUAAUAAACUCAUGCCCAAUAAA